AUGGUUUUCUUUUCUGAACAGCUCAAAGAAAAGUAUAGGAAUCAUGUGGAGUACACAGGUUUGAAACAGAAAAAGUCUUCAAAUAAAAAAGAAAGAAAAAGAUCUUCAUCACGUCGUCGGGUGCCAAGAAGAAGAAAACAAAGUAGCACAAGUCAAGAGGAUUCGGAGCUAAGUGAAGACCAUUCUGAUUCUGACCUGGAAGAGAAGAACAGCUCAGACAGUAGUGACACAGCUAGCUGCAGUAGUGUUAGCCUCACUGAACAAGGACUCGAAGAAGAAGAGGAGCUCAGUGACUGUGGUGAGCAUAUUGGACUCAAUAAGAAGAACAGUAACAGUACAACUGUUGGACAUAACGGACAGCUAGGGAAGGAUGCUCUCAGUGACAAGUCAGUGUUGCAGAAUGGGCUUGAAGGUAUCAGAAAAAGUGUGUCUACAUCAUCACUUGAUGUACCAUACAGCACAGCUGUGACACAUUUACCAAAUGGAGAUAUGCAGGAUAGAACUGAUGAUAAAUAUUCAGUUCCAGAGAUAACAUCUAAAUCUCCUGUAGAGCAGGAGUUGACACUCUCCUCAACCGAAAUAAUCAAAAUCCUCAAUCAGGAAGAUCUUCCAGGAAUCAAAGUUGUUACGGAUUGGCUGAUUUUAAACAGUGACAUUAUUGUGACGUUUGGAGAGGUACAGAAAGAGGAGAGGAAUAGAUGUGUCCCUAUGGAAAAGUUGCAUCUCAUGAACCUGUUAGAAUGAACUUAAAAGGAAUCUUCAGCUCGUUGAAAGGCUGUGUUUGUCUUACAUUUUUUCUGUUUAAUGAUACUGUCUUCUAGGUGUUUGUAAUACAUAAGAUGGGGUUCUCAAGAUUAAUAA